AUGGCUACUACUAGGAAGAGAAAUAUGGCUACAAAAUCUGCUAGGAAACUUAAGCUGGGUUCGCCACGCUUUUUCAAACCUGUUGUUAGGCCUCUGGUUCAAGGCCUGAAAAUCCCGGUUGUGUUUAUGCAGAGGUACGGAGAUAGCUUGCACAAAGAUGUAGUCUUGAAAGUUCCAAACGGAGCUAAAUGGCGAGUAGCACUCCGUAAGAUUGAUGGUGAGACAUGGUUAGGGGAAGGUUUGAAACAAUUUGGAGAGUUCUAUUCCAUAAAGGCAGGACAUGUUAUUGCUUUCCGGUACAAAGGCAACUCCCGAUUCAAUGUCCUAAUCUUUGACGACACCACUUCAGAAAUUGUUUACACUAGCUAUGAGGAAGACAUGAAUGGCUUGCCAGUGAGACCGAGAGUUGACAGUAACACUAGUGAAAUCUUUAAAGAUGUCAGGAUUAAAAGGGAAGAUGAUGACAAUUUUGAUCAUUAUGAAAAUCCAAAUCAGGGAUUUUCAUCUGGACUAGUGACUGGUCGCCGAUUGAGACAGAGGAUCGCCAGCGCCGGGUGCCGCGAGGGAACAACAGAAGCUCCUCAUCAAUCUUCCAUGGAGGAAGAACAGAUGGCAGAGGAUGAAAGUGCUCCUAAAUUUGAAUAUCCAUCAUUUUCAUUUGAAGUUCGACGGUUUCAUCUUACUCACCUCAUUAAUGUCCCAAUUAGUUUUGCAAGAAACAACUUUGGUAGAGAAUUUAAAAAGAGAUAUAAGCUUCGUGUACCUGAGAGUACUGGAAACAAAACAUGGAAAGCGCUAAUCUCUCUGACUGGAAGGCGUGCAACGAUAUACGGCGGUGGUUGGAUUCGAUUCGCCAAGGAAAAUCGACUCAGGCUUGGAGAGAUAUGCAUCUUGGAAUUGGUCAAGAGAAAGAAGCUCUUCAAUGUAGUCAAAAUAGCCAACAAGGUGAAGAAAUCUGAAAAGGCAAAAUUGGUGACUGGCCGGCGAUUAAGACAAAGAUUCACCGAUGGGAGCUCUGAAGGAACAACAUCAAAAUCCCAUGAUCCAUCUUCUUCCAUCCCAGCUUCAAAUCUGUAUGUUCCGAUUGAUUUUACAAGGAACAACAUUGGUAAGCAAGACUGUAGGAUGAGUGUUAAGCUUCGGGUAGCUGCUGAGAGCGGAGACAAGACAUGGUCAAUGCGUUUCUCUAUACAUGGAAUGCGUUCACAGAUAUAUAUGGUAAUGGAUGGAUCCGUUUUGCUAAGGAAAAUGGACUGA